UGUCAGAGGAAGACAGAUUAAAACCAGCAGCUGUAGGAAAACCAUUGAGAAAAAAUGUGUUUGUCUUUCUCUCACGACGACCUCGACUCACCCACUCAGAUCCUGCAUAUCUAAUCCACUCAAGACGGAAGUGAAGAAUGAGAAGAGGAGAAUAUGAGGAUGAGGAGCGUCUUGUGAAGAGUAGAGACUCUCAGAGAGGAUGGAGGACAGAAACACAGCCAUGAUCGUGCUGCUCCUGCUCUGCGUCACAGCAGAGAUGCAGGUAGACGGCCUCUCUCUGGAUGUGUGUGCUAGCUGCCAUCCUAAAGCUACAUGUGAUGACAAAUCAGACGGAUCUGGAAAAGUCUGUAACUGCAAGUACGGGUUCGUUGGCAAUGGGAGAACUUACUGUCAAGAUAAAGACGAGUGUCAGAUUGGAGCCAGUAAGAUCUGCGGGCUUCACACCGACUGCCACAACACGCAAGGCAGCUACUUCUGCACCUGCCGGAGCGGAUUCACCCCGUCCAACAACAUGGACGUCUUCACCCCCAACGACGGCACGCACUGCCGGGAUAUUGAUGAGUGCACGGGCACGGUCACAGGCCUUUGUGGAGAGGGGGGGCAGUGCAGGAAUCUGGAGGGAAGCUUUGACUGCAGCUGCAUUCUGGGAUAUGAAGUCCAAAACGGAGCCGAGCCCUUCCACCCUCACAGAGACAAAGCUUCCUGCAAAGUGGUAGACUGCGGUCCUCCGGAGGCAGCGGAGGACACGGUGCUGCUGUCGGUGUCAGGGACGACGUACGGCAGCGCGGCCAUGUUUGUUUGUGAGGAGGGCUUCGUGUGGAGGAGAGGAAACAACAGAUCUAUGUGUGAAGCUGACGGCCUGUGGAGAGGAGGCAACAUGAGCUGUGAAGAGGUGAACUGUGGCCCCCCCCCAGCCGCCCCUCACUCUCUCAGGCUGUGGGACCAGAGCUCCAGGCCGGGCUCCGGGGCGAUUUAUCAGUGUAACUCUGGAUAUCAUAAUGUGGGGAAAGGAAAUGUGUCGAAGUGUAACGCUGCAGGAGAGUGGGAGAGACCGCCGCUGCUCUGCAAAGAUAUUGAUGAGUGCACGGUCACAGGCGUUUGUGGAGAGGGGGGGCAGUGCAGGAAUCUGGAGGGAAGCUUUGACUGCAGAUGCAUUCUGGGAUAUGAAGUCCAAAACGCAGCCGAGCCCUUCCACCCUCACAGAGACAAAGCUUCCUGCAAAGUGGUAGACUGCGGUCGUCCGGAGGCAGCGGAGGACACGGUGCUGCUCUCGGUGUCAGGGACGACGUACGGCAGCGCGGCCAUGUUUGUUUGUGAGGAGGGCUUCGUGUGGAGGAGAGGAAACAACAGAUCUGUGUGUGAAGCUGACGGCCUGUGGAGAGGAGGCAACAUGAGCUGUGAAGAGGUGAACUGUGGCCCCCCCCCAGCCGCCCCUCACUCUCUCAGGCUGUGGGACCAGAGCUCCAGGCCGGGCUCCAGGGCGAUUUAUCAGUGUAACUCUGGAUAUCAUAAUGUGGGGAAAGGAAAUGUGUCGAAGUGUAACGCUGCAGGAGAGUGGGAGAGACCGCCGCUGCUCUGCAAAGAUAUUGAUGAGUGCACGGUCACAGGCCUUUGUGGAGAGGGGGGGCAGUGCAGGAAUCUGGAGGGAAGCUUUGACUGCAGAUGCAUUCUGGGAUAUGAAGUCCAAAACGGAGCCGAGCCCUUCCACCCUCACAGAGACAAAGCUUCCUGCAAAGUGGUAGACUGCGGUCGUCCGGAGGCAGCGGAGGACACGGUGCUGCUGUCGGUGUCAGGGACGACGUACGGCAGCGUGGCCAUGUUUGUUUGUGAGGAGGGCUUCGUGUGGAGGAGAGGAAACAACAGAUCUGUGUGUGAAGCUGACGGCCUGUGGAGAGGAGGCAACAUGAGCUGUGAAGAGGUGAACUGUGGCCCCCCCCCAGCCGCCCCUCACUCUCUCAGGCUGUGGGACCAGAGCUCCAGGCCGGGCUCCAGGGCGAUUUAUCAGUGUAACUCUGGAUAUCAUAAUGUGGGGAAAGGAAAUGUGUCGAAGUGUAACGCUGCAGGAGAGUGGGAGAGACCGCCGCUGCUCUGCAAAGAGAUUUUGUGUGGAAGCCCUCCCAUAAUUGAGUCCACUGUGCAAGUGUGGGACGGAAGCUCAGCCCCGAGCAGCCGAGUGCUGUUUGUCUGCAGAGAGGGCUUUAAAAUCACAGGAGGAGAUAAUUCAUCCAUCUGUGGUGAACACGGUCAGUGGAGCAGCCCCACUCUGACCUGCCAAGAGAUAUCAUGUGGGGACCCUCCCUCUCUGCCUCUCACGGAGCGGCUCUGGAGAGGCAGCUCCACUCGUGGAAGCACAGCGACGUACGUCUGUAAAACAGGGUUUAAUCACAAAGAAGGGAAUAACAUAUCAUUGUGCACGAGUCAUGGUGACUGGACGAAGCCCAACAUCUCAUGCAAAGAGGUGGAGUGUGGAGUCCCUGCUCAGAUCCCUCACUCUGAGAUGCUGUGGGAUAAAAGCUCCUCAGUGGGAUCUCUGGUGGUUUAUCAGUGUGUCUCUGGAUAUGGAAAUGUUGGAGAGGAAAAUGUGUCUGUGUGUACGGCCAGAGGAGAGUGGGAGGGAGCCUCUCUGCAAUGUGAAGCGAUCAGGUGUGGAGAGCCUGUUCUUAAAGCCCACGCUGCGAUGCUUUGGGACGGAUCCUCUCACGUUGGCAGUGUCGUGAGUUACAGAUGUGAGGAGGGGUUUCACAGCAGGGGGCUCGGAAACUCCUCCCUGUGUGGAGAGGAGGGGGAGUGGGAGGACCCUGACCUGUGGUGUGAAGAAAUAAGCUGUGGUCACCCCCCCACCCUCCCCCACACUCACCUGCUGUGGGACGGCAGCCAAUCGCUGGGCAGCGUUCGGCUGUACGGGUGCAAGGAGGGAUUUUACCAAGAGGGGGGGAAUAAUAUGUCCACAUGUUUACUGUCAGGAGAGUGGGGGGAAGUUUCUAUAAAGUGCAAAGCUAAGUGUGGCCUGGCUCCCGUCCUGGAUCACUCGGAGGUGGUUUGGCACAACAGGAGCGUCGUGGUGCACAGAUGUGAGGAGGGAUACCACAGCUGGAGAGGAAGCAACGUCUCUGAGUGUGACCCCUCUGGAGAGUGGAGGAGCGCUACACUCACAUGCAUAGAAAUAAAGCCACCUGUAAAUCAUCUUCGUGUCCUCAAGGAGAACUGUGUGCAGUGGAGAGCAGAGAAGUACGAGGAGGACACAGAAACAUACAAGGUGACGUACACGGGAUCCAGAGACUACCAGAGGUCCUUUCAAGAUAAGAGGAAGCGUUUUCUGAGCUCUAAAGCCGACGAGCUGCAGCUCUGUUUAAAUCUACUUCCUGUCACAAACUACAGCAUCUCCAUCACUGCAGCCUCCUCCAGGUUCACCGCCUCCAUCACCACCAACACCAGCCUAACAGUGCUUCCAGCACUAGCUGUGGACUACAGAGAGUUUGAGACUCCUGUACCGACUCUGAGGCUCCGCAGAUCUCCAAACACACUCGACCCGAUCAGUGUGUAUCAGGUGUUUGUGCUUCCUGUGGACGGGAUCAUGAUGUUUGACUGUUCCUCUCCUGCCAGCUCAGACCCCAAAUCAAAAUCCUCUGCAGAGUACAUCACGGGACAGUUUGAUGUCCAACAUGUCGGGACGGAGAUGAACUUCACUGUCGGGGACGGACUCCUCUACGGAGGCUUCUUUAACGCACCGCUGCAGAGCGGCAGGAGUUAUUACAUCAUAUUACGAGCUGUCAGUCAGUGGAAAUCAGCUUUUAAAAGUUCCUGUGUCGUGUGGGCUAGAGUGACAGGUACCUCGUAUGUCCUGAGGGUUUCCUCUCUGUCUGCUGUUGCAGCUGUAGGACUGGUCGCCUUUGUUAUUAUCGGUGGAUACAGUUUCUGCUGGUUUUUCAAGAGGACAUGACACAUGAUGUCCUGUCCUUUUUUUCAUUUUAAUAUUUAUGUACAUUUCGCAAAUAAUUGUAAUAAAGUUUUUUUCACCACAUAAA